CCUCCACAGAGGAUACUGUAAUUGUAUCUUUCAUAGCAUCCCGAUAUAACUGUUCAUCUUUAUUCAUGAAUUCAAUCUGAUUAUCUUUAGCUGUUAUGAAUGGUUAGACAACGAAGUUGUUCGUUCCAUAGAAGAUCAUGAUCAUCUAAUGACGAACUUUUGUUUAUUCUGCGCACAUCGACCCUGAUUGGUUCAAACACACUUUGUAACCAAGAGCAACACGCAUGCGCAUAUGCGUUACUCAUGACACUGGGCGUAUAUAACCAGUGACCUUUUUCUUUUAUAAACUUCGCAUAUCAUCAAUCCUGUUCUUUAGUUGUAUAUCUUUGUCCACCCUAUAUAAAACUAUUGAAAUGAGAAGUAUGCUAGUAGUAUUAACAACUGAAGAUAGCCGAGUUGCGCGAAUUGAGAGUGUUUCCCAUUUAACAGAGUCUAAAUACUACAAUUUGUUGUCAAUACGCAUGCGUUAAUGUUAUGGUUAUGUUAAGUUUGUAUAUUCAAUAUACUUCCAUCACGUGUAUUUAUGUUGACAACUAAAUCAGUUCAUUGUACAAAUUUUGUUGAUUCUGGCACAAAACAUACUGUUACUUAAUAAUUAAGAUUGUUCAUACUUUUACUUAUUUUACUGUAUUACUAAAAAUUUUGGCUAAAGUGAUAAUAACUUUGUUAUUUUGCUGUAUUUAAAAUGCCUGUCGAUCAAAGACGAAUUAAUGGCCCAGAAGUAACUGUACCGUAUCAUAUUUAUCCUACUAUCGGCAGUAAAAGUGACGAAAUAAAAUAUGAUUCCAAUAAUAGAAGCGACAAACGCACCAACAAUGAAAUUAGAAAAAUAUUUUUAAAAACAGGUGUAGUGAGCCAAGCAAAAGGUUCCGCUUAUAUAGAAAUGGGAGAUACAAAAGUAGUUUGUUCAGUAUUUGAUCCUAGAGAAAUUCCAAAUAAAAAUGGUUAUUGUGUACAGGGAGAAAUUUAUUGUGAAUUCAAGUUUGCUUCUUUCUCUUGUCAAAAACGAAAAAUUCAUCAACAAAAUGCAGAAGAGAAGCAAUACAGUUUGAUUUUGCAAAGGGCUUUGGAACCAGCUGUUUGUUUGCAUGAAUUUCCUAAUUUUCAAGUAGAUGUAUAUGCAAUGGUCUUAGAUAAUGCUGGAUCUGCUUUAGCUGCUGCAAUCACAGCUGCUAGUACUGCCUUAGCUAGUGCAGGUGUACCCAUGUUUGGUUUAGUCACAGCUUCCACUAUCGGUAUAUAUGGUGAUUGUUUUUUAAUGGAUCCUACGGAUACGGAAGAAACAAUGUGUAACACAACAUCCGACACUAAAAAUAAUUUCAAUCAUGGAAUAAUUACACUAGCUAGCCUUCCACAGCAUGGCCAAGUUUCUGAAAUAUUUUUAAUUGGAGAUAUUGAUACAGAUUCUAUUAUGCGUGCAACAGAUGUUUUAACCGCGACUAACAAAGAUAUUUGUCCUGUUGUUCAACAGUGUUUAGUAAAGACUAUUAUGAAACUGCAGAACAAAUAAAACAAAAUAUUUGAUCAAA